UUGAUAGAGUUAAGAGACACCACUGAAGAAUGAACAUAGAAUCCUGCCGUCAGCAAAAUAGAACAUCUAGGAGAAAUCUGCUUACUUCUCUGGUAGUCCGUGCUCCAGCCUCUGAUAGUGACUGACAACGCAGCAUUGAGUAGAGCUUUCAGAUCAGAGUUGGACGCUAAGAUUAACCUUAAGAUUUUCUUCGGGAUUUCUUCGUGAUAUCUGUUGUUCGGUUCUGUCAGUGAGUAUUAUUUGUCAGGCCUAAAUAUACCGCUAUGUCCUACAGAGAAAGUCGACCCACGGUCGUGGCCAAUGGAAAGGGAAGACCGUGGGCUUUGUGUGUCACAAAUGUCGGUAAAAUCGCUGGAGUUUUUCUCUGUUUGUUCGCACUUAACAAAUACGUAGAAGGAGAUCCUCCUCAGGAUGAGCUCUUCCAACGGGAUUUUAACUGGCAGUUUCGAAGGAAACGGAUGACGUCACUAUCUAACAACAGUAAUUAUUGGUUGCUUGUUCAGUCCACUUCUCCAUCCUUUGACCCCAGUCCAUCGAAGAACAUCACUACACAGAUAGGUCAGACUGUCUAUUUACACUGUAUGGUCAAUAACCUCGGUGAUAAAACGGUUUCUUGGAUUCGACGACGAGAUCUCCAUCUUCUUAGUGUUGGCACAGAAACUUACAUCAAUGAAGAAAGAUUUAGCGCCGCCCACGUGGAAGGCACGAACGAUUGGCCUCUCCAGAUCAAGUAUCCACAGUUGACGGACACUGGUCUGUAUGAGUGUCAAGUUAGCUCUGACCCCAAAAUCAGCUUCUUUGUCAAGUUGAACGUUUUAGAACCAAAGACAGAAAUCUUAGGUACGCGCCCUCUGUAUGUGAAAACAGGAACUUCUAUCAAUCUCACUUGUGUGAUCAGCGACAGCCCGGAGCCACCAAUUUUUGUCUUCUGGUACCACAAUGAUCGAAUGAUCAACUAUGAUACAGAUAGAGGGAAGAUAUCGCUUCAGAAAGGGGAGGAGGAUGCUGCUAUCAGUACACUUUAUAUUAAGGAUGCUCAACCAACCGAUUCGGGAAAUUACACUUGUGGGCCUUCCAACUCUGACGCAACUAGUAUCUCAGUGUUCUUUCUAAAUGGUGAAAACCCAGCUGCUAUUCAGAGAGAUGCCAGCGUUUCACGAGCGUCCUCUGGUGACCAUUUGAAAAUUUUGGAAUUUUUUCUGUUGGUGUUUCCUUGGUAUCUUCUUAGAUGACAUCCUUAUCACUUUCGUCACUUCUGGUUUUGUUAUUGUGAGUCAGUACGAAAAUGAAAACAUAAAGUUGAUGUACUCGUGGUUGGACGGCGACAUCUGACGGUAUAUUCUUUACUCUGUACUGUAAUCGAUUCACUGAAGAGAAUUGACAUCCGUUGACACGAUAGAAGUUUUUUUGUUUCGCCCAAAGAUAACAGAGACAUAAAAAGCCUAAAAUAUGUGAUAUAAAUGAAUACAUAUUCGGGUUUAUGAAUAAGUUAAUGCGAAAAUCUUGGCACAUAAAUAUUUACUGAUGUCGGGAAGAACAAUAGCGGAUACAGGAUGUUUAUUUUAGUGAAUGUGUGUGUUUCUAUGUAAACAAUUAUGAAGGAAACAAAUUACCAGCAUAGAUUAACAAUGAACAUACAAACGUACUUAGGUUUCCUCUAUUUAUUAUGUUGAUUUUUCCUGUGGUUAAUAACUUCAUUACCAGAAUAGAUUAACAAUGAACAUACAAACGUAUUUAGGUUUCCUCUAUUUAUUAUGCUGUUUUUUUCUGUGGUUAAUAACUUCAUUAUCAGCAUAGAUUAACAAUGAACAUACAAACGUACUUAGGUUUCCUCUAUUUAUUAUGCUGUUUUUUUCUGUGGUUAAUAACUUCAUUACCAGCAUAGAUUAACAAUGAACAUACAAACGUAUUUAGGUUUCCUCUAUUUAUUAUGCUGUUUUUUCCUGUGGUUAAUAACUUCAUUAUCAGCAUAGAUCAACAAUGAACAUACAAACGUACUUAGGUUUCCUCUAUUUAUUAUGCUGUUUUUUCCUGUGGUUAAUAACUUCAUUAUCAGCAUAGAUUAACAAUGAACAUACAAACGUAUUUAGGUUUCCUCUAUUUAUUAUGCUGUUUUUUCCUGUGGUUAAUAACUUCAUUACCAGCAUAGAUUAACAAUGAACAUAUAAAUGUAUUUAGCUUUCCUCUAUUUAUUAUGUUGUUAUAUUCCUGUGGUUAAUACCUUCAUUACCAGCACAGAUCAACAAUGAACAUACAAACGUAUUUAGCUUUCCUCUAUUUAUUAUGUUGUUUUAUUCCUGUGGUUAAUAACUCCAUUAUCAGCAUAGAUCAACAAUGAACAUACAGACGUAUUUAGCUUUCCUCUAUUUAUUAUGUUGUUUUUUCCCCUGUGGUUAAAGUACAGCUUUGUGUACCAGCUUCUAAAGUGUACUUUGUUGAGCUAAAUUAAUCCUCAUUUAGGAGAUUAUACUUUAUUCAAACUGGUCCUAAAAAUCUCAGAUGCAUAUAAAUAACACAGUCCCAAUGCAACAUAAAAAUUAAACUAUAAAUCUUUAUGGGUACAUUAACUGAUAAAACCACUACGUUAAAAUUUGACUUUCGAAAGUAUAACUAUAUAAAGUUCUGAAUAUUCUUAACCCUAGUUUUGUGACUCAACCUGAAUUUUAAAACGGCCAUUUCUCGUUGCCAUUUUUACUAAGGUAGUUAGCCAGAGUGUGCUGGAUUCAGGUAAGAUUGAAUACUCCUCUAAAGAUCACUGUUUCUCCAUUAAAGGCUUAUCUUAUUCAUCUUCACCAAAACCAGAUAAUACAUACAUAGAUUCAACUGUGGUAAAAUUAUCCACUCAGGGAUUUGGGUAUUUCCUAUUGUAAGACCCCUAUACUAAAUUAUAGAAUCACUAGCUGGCAUUUCGAAGAACGUAUGAAGUCAGCUUUGGAUAAAAUGCCUGUUGAUGAAUUAUUGUUUCCAUCUAGAAUAUCUAACCAAUCAUAUCAGAUAAUUCAUACACUCAGGUAAUUUAUUUUUGUGUCUCCUCUAGUCAGUCAGUGCAUACAUUCAGGUUUGAUAGAAUCCCGCUUUUAUAAUUUCCAAUAUUUACUAUUAGUUGGGUUAAAAUGGCCCUCUUUUGGAUUGUUGUACUUUAGACUGUCACCUCUAAUUAGUCUGUCCAACUAUACUGUGUGCUAUGAGCAGAGAUAGAAUACACAGUUACAGUAUUUUUGUUUCUACAGCUGGGAUCUAUGUUACUCAUACAGUUGUUGGUGAAGCAGAACACCUCAGUAAGGGAUUGUAUGGUUUCCUCCUGUAGUACAUAGUCAGACUCUACCUACAUUCAGAUUGGGUAGAAUGCCCCUUUGCUGGAUUAUUAACUCUUCAUAUUUCAUCUCUAACCAGUAAGCUACAGUAGUGUAUGUAUUUAGUUGGUGUAAAAUACCUCUCUACUGGAGUAUUAACUCUUCAUAUUUCAUCUCUAAUGAGUAUGUAUUUAGUUGGUGUAAAAUACCCCUUUACUGGAGUAUUAACUCUUCAUGUGUAUGCAGCUAGUGGGCGUAAAGUGCCUCCUUAUUGGAUUGUUAUAUGUGUGGCUGACAUCAUUAAUACGUCACCCCAGAUACUUCACGUAUUCAUCAGGGAGUAAAAUACCGAAUUACUAGAUUAUGUGUGUCUAGCUGCCAUUCCUAAAUAGUUUCCUCAAGAACUUUGCCCACCCAGCAGCAGCUGCAAGCCCCUCAUUUCUCGAUUACAGUAUAUCCAGCUAAUAUGUCUACCAACUCAUCUGUGGGUCCUGUAUUACGACACUGGUUUAUUUUACCCCUGAACAAGCAAUCUCUAGCUAGACACUACUGUAGUGGUCUGGAUUCUCCCUUUAUUAACUAAGAACCAUGAUAAAUUAACCCAGUUGCUGAAAUUAAUCAGUGAAUUUACCCUUAGUUUAUGUACUUUAAGUUUGUCUUUUAUUAAUAAGCCUUGGUAAUGCAUUCAGUCAAAUGACACUUUAUACACUACAAACAAAAGUACCCGUCCCCAGUGACGGGAACAACUUAAGUUAAUCUAUCAAUUUAAAUUAUUUCAUGGACUUUAAAAAGGUUAAUUGUGUUGCACUCUUGGUUUCACUAAGAGUCAAAUCUCUGAGCUACUUAUACCGCCCACUGCGAAAAAUAAUUGUUGAACAUUUCAGUCAUGCUAAGAGCCGCUCAACAAUAACAUACGAUAAAUCUACAUUUUUAUUCUUUAAGUUACGUCACAUUUUGAAAUGUGAAUAAUAGUGUGAUUAAUUCCUAACAAAUUAAUGUAGAAUAUCCUGCUUGCGGAAUAAAAUUUGGCAACAACAUUGUUCAUGCCUGUUUUCCCGUCAUUUCAGAAGUGAUUGUUGAGGUUUGCUUACGUGCGCAGCUUUUCAAAUGGGAGACAGACGAACGCUCGGACAGACACCACAGUUCACAAUAUAUAGAACAUAGUAUCUAUAGUAGUUUAAACCCAAGCUUUAGAUGGGACAGUGUGGCAGGUAAGGUAUAUCCAUUCUACUGACUCUCUAUACCACAAAAUUUGUGCUAAUGUGUCUGUAUUUAUAUAUAUCUGAUGCUUCAUAUUCGGGCGUUUAAAUAUCUGCUGUACCUAUGAAUAUCUAUAACUUAACAACUAAGCAGCUUUUAUCCUGAUCACAUUGAAGGGUUGAUCCAAUACAUAAUGCAUUAAAAGUAACCGAUGUUUUCUAUACCCCUACUUAUGUUAUCCAACCCGAAAAGUAAGACUGUUCCAAUUUCAGUGAAAAUCGACUUGACUUUUGUACUUUGAAACUGAAGCUCUUUUCCCCAGUUCAGCUGAGUUACCAUGUUUUAAUACCAGAACACAUAAUACUUUUGAAAGUGAGUAAAGGAGUACAAGAUCUAUUAUAAUCCAUUACUACAGAUCUCAAAACUAUAUUAAUACUUGUGUAGUUGGUUUUAUGUAUGAAGUUUGAAAUAAUGUCGACAGAGGACGUUUUUAUGUUAAAAACUUGCAAUAAAAACGAAAAGUCUCUCAAUGUUGUCCGUUUUUCAUUAUCAAAAACGAUGACCGCGAUUGGGUUAUAACAACACAUACAGUUAUUAAGAACCUGAAAUUUUAAACAGCAUAUUAUUUAAGAAGCAUAUGUUUGGAACGUACAAAUCUAACCCUUCAUUCCGAUAUACUUAAAAACAACAAAUUUUGUGUUUGGCUUAAAAACCCAGACAUAGCAAGUAUAUUAGGAUUGUUGGGAAAAACAUAUUUUGGCUCUACUUUUUAAAUAUUAUUUUACUCCACUUAUAAGCUAAUAGUAUAAGGGCUAGAGAUGAAUAUUUUCUCAUUUUCCCUGUAAUUAGAAAAUCCUGUGACUGAAAUCGAAUAUUUUAUUGUUUCGGCAUGCUUUUAAGAUUUUGGUUCAGUAGUAUGUUGUUGUUUGUAGUCCGAAGAAAUAUUAAAUAGGUUUCACUUUGUCACGUCCUGAAAAUUUCGGGUCUAAAAUCAUUCUCUCUCUAUGCUUGAAGCUUAAACAUUCUGUUAACAUGUUAACUGCGUGUUUUGUUUUCCGCAUUCCGUUUAAUUUGUCUUUUGCGGCUCGAAAUCAUGUCAGUAAAAAAAUA